AUGGAUCGCCAGUACAGGACCAUUGCGCAGCCUUCGGGAUAUGGCAUACCAAUAACUGCAGUUGUCAACGAGAACUGGCGUGGCAAGAAUGAUCCAGCAGAACGACGACGGAUACAGAAUAGACUCAAUCAGCGAGCCUUUCGAGAGCGACAGAGAGCAGGCCAGUCUCCCAAAAAAUACAAAGCUCGUAGCGUGUCCGGUUCCCAGCCAGACUCGUCUUCUGAAGAAGAAGAAGACAACGAAGAUGCCGAAGAAGACGACGAGGACGAGGAAAAUGAUGAAGAUGAAAAAGACGAAGAAGAUGACGAUGAAGACGAUGUGAAGUCGAAGAGCUCUCUGUUGAGCACAGAAGGCAACACAUGGGACGAGUUGGCUCGUCUGAUCAACCGCAAUCUCCUGCAAGCCGCAUACGCCAACGCACAACUCCUUAGCAUCGAUGUACAAAGCCUCCGAUCCGGAGCGCUCACUUAUACGCCAAGACCAACCAGUCGAUCGAUCCCCACCGCAUUGGUGCCAGUGGAACUGCAAUAUCGAGUCGCUCACGAUCCAGUCAUCGAUAUCAUACCUCAUCCUCGACUGCGACAUAAUAUCUUAUGCGCCAUUGCGAACAACCAAAUCAAUGCUGCUGCGUUAUCUUGCUGUAUUCGUGGCUCAGGGGCCAUAGAGCAGGCUAAAGGCGCCGCCGGCCAACGUACUGGACUGGUCGUUUGGAGUGCCGGAGAGAAGCUAGAAAGCUGGGAACUCUCUGAGCAGUUCUUUCGACGAUGGACCGUACUCCUCCAAGGAUGUGAAGACCUUGUUGCUGCUACCAAUGCUUGGCGAAGCAAGCGCGGCGAGCGACUCUUUCCCUCAAUUCUUGAGCGUGGUGGGUCAAGACGUUCGUGA